UCAUUCGUCACGUCACUGCCCAAGAGCGACGCGCGAUCACUGUCAGCGAGUGUUGGUGUGAAGAUUUGUGCGCUUUUGUGAGGCUGAGCGCUUUUUAUUUUCUUUCUUUUCUUUUCUUUUUUUUUUUUGUGUUACAUGGAUACAAUGACAUAGACCCCCCACGGGCUCCUCUGUUUUUUAAAUGGUUGUCGCCCUUUUAUAAUAGACUAGAAGCUAGUUUAGUGAGCAGGAUUUCUGUCCUCUCAAUAAAGUUGUUAAAAGUGCAGUUCUGUGUGGAUCAGUUUGAUUUUAGUCGGUUCUGUUCGGGUUUAUUCGGUUCGAAAGGGAUGACGAUGGGAACUUUACGCGACCUCCAGUACGCGCUUCAGGAAAAGAUCGAAGAACUGAGGCAGAGAGACGCACUCAUUGACGAACUUGAGCUCGAGCUUGACCAGAAAGACGAACUCAUUCAGAAACUGCAGAAUGAACUGGAUAAGUACCGCUCCGUGAUCCGUCCGGCGACCCAACAGGUCCAGAGUCGCUCGGAGCUGCCGGAGUAUCAUCGCACCAAACGUCAGGCGAUCAGCGCCGAACCUGCGAACGUCCAGCAGUUGAGUCACGUGACCCUGCCCAACGUACCCAAAAGCGCCAAGUCUAAGGAACUGAUCAAGUCCGCUAUCCUAGACAAUGAUUUCAUGAAGAACCUGGAGAUGUCUCAGAUCCAGGAGAUAGUGGACUGUAUGCAUCCAGUGGACUAUGACAAAAACAGCUGUAUUAUUAAUGAGGGGGAUGUGGGCUCCCUUGUCUACGUCAUGGAAGAGGGGAAAGUGGAAGUGACUAAAGAAGGAUUAAAACUUUGCACUAUGGGACCAGGAAAGGUGUUUGGAGAACUCGCCAUCCUUUAUAACUGCACCAGGACAGCCACUGUGAGAACUUUGACCAGUGUAAAGUUAUGGGCCAUCGACAGACAGUGCUUCCAAACCAUCAUGAUGAGGACGGGACUCAUCAAACAUGCUGAAUACAUGGAGUUAUUGAAAAGUGUCCCGACAUUCCGAGGUCAUGCAGAGGAAAUACUGAGCAAGCUGGCUGAUGUCCUUGAGGAGACACACUAUGAGGAUGGUGAUUACAUCAUUCGACAGGGUGCAAGAGGAGACACUUUCUUCAUUAUCAGUAAAGGAAAAGUAACUGUGGCUCGAGAAGAAUGUCCGGGUCAGGAUCCCGACCAUCUGCGUUCUCUGGGGAAGGGCGACUCAUUUGGGGAAAAAGCCCUACAAGGGGAGGAUAUCAGAACAGCUAACUUCAUUGCAGCAGAGACUGUCACCUGCCUUGUGAUUGACAGAGACUCAUACAAACACUUGAUUGGAGGUCUUGAAGACGUGUCUAACAAAGGCUGUGAAGACGCAGAGGCAAAGGCAGAGUAUGAAGCAGAGAAUGCCUUUUUCUCAAACAUAAACCUGUCUGACUUCAACAUCAUUGACACUCUUGGAGUUGGAGGAUUUGGACGUGUUGAACUGGUGCAGCUUAAGAGUGAUGAGGUGAAGACAUUUGCGAUGAAGAUCCUGAAGAAGUGUCACAUUGUGGACACGAGACAGCAGGAGCACAUUCGCUCCGAGAAACUCAUCAUGCAGGAGGCACACUCGGAUUUUAUUGUCAGACUCUACAGGACAUUUAAGGAUAGUAAAUACCUCUACAUGCUGAUGGAAGCAUGUCUGGGUGGAGAAUUGUGGACAAUUCUCAGAGAUAGGGGCAACUUUGAUGAUUCAACUACGCGGUUUUACACGGCAUGUGUGGUGGAAGCAUUUGCUUACCUGCAUUCUAAAGGCAUCAUAUACAGAGACCUCAAACCAGAAAACUUGAUACUGGACCACAGAGGCUAUGCCAAACUGGUGGAUUUUGGCUUUGCUAAGAAGAUCGGCUUUGGGAAGAAGACAUGGACGUUUUGCGGUACUCCAGAGUAUGUGGCUCCAGAGAUCAUUCUGAACAAAGGACAUGAUAUCUCAGCAGAUUAUUGGUCCCUCGGUAUACUCAUGUAUGAGCUACUGACUGGCAGUCCUCCUUUUUCAGGCCCUGAUCCAAUGAAAACAUACAACAUCAUUCUAAGAGGCAUUGACAUGAUAGAAUUCCCCAAAAAAAUCACCAAAAAUGCUGCCAAUCUCAUCAAAAAGCUAUGCAGAGAUGCUCCUUCUGAAAGACUAGGAAACUUGAAAAACGGAGUCAAAGACAUCCAAAAGCACAAAUGGUUUGAAGGGUUUAACUGGGACGGAUUGAAAAAAGGGACACUGAUUCCCCCCAUCAUCCCCAAUGUAACAUCAUCUACAGACACCAGUAACUUUGACAGCUUUCCAGAGGACAAUGAAGAUCCACCACCUGAUGAUAACUCAGGCUGGGAUAUAGACUUCUAAAAAGACUUAAACAUACGUAUGAACACACAUGCACCGACACUCAACACUGCUCACAUGGGACUUUUGCCUGGGAUAGACUUGCUUCUCUUGCGAGUGCGGCACUACUGUAUGGACUUGAG